AUCUUGACGGGCUCAUCAACUAUUAAUAUUCUUCGAAAUGAGCUCCACACAGAAACACUGCAGAUCGCGCAACGGGUGUUGGACCUACAGGAAAAGGUAUACUGACGCCGGGCCCGCCGAGCAUCACUAACAGGAACCAGAAAGAAGAAGUGCGAUGGCACAGGCACCCCAUGCCGCAACUGUACCAGACUGGGACUACCGUGUGAGAACAAUGUCCAACUCGUAUGGGAAGACGACGUACGAAGAGAAGGGAUGAGGAGGAGGGGCCCAGGCAAAGCCCUUGCAAUGAACAGUCCCCAUGGUGUCGCUUUAACGAGCAGGAUCUCUGGGCUGUCAGCCUGGCCGUUUGAGCUCAAUGCUACCGAAUCUGUGCUUCUCGACCGCUACAUCCAGAGAUUCUCUAACACUUAUCCCGCGUUUUCAGGACCUACAAACCCAUUCCUGACCGUUUUGCUGCCACUCGCCAUGCAGUGCCGUGUUGUCCUGGAUUCGCUCCUCGCACUCAGUGCUGUCCAGAGCUGGGAGAAUGGAUCAUUCGGCAUGGGCGCAGCAAUGCUGAGACUGAGGCAGAAGGCACUGGGCGGGUGUCGCCAGCUUCUAUCCCAGCUUGAUAUGCCUGGAGUUGAGCUCAAAGGAAUGCACAAUCAAACUAUAAUCAGCGUCUUUGCCAGCUGCAUGCUAUUACUCCUUUUCGAAAAGCUCGCUGGGGAAGGCCAAGAGAACUGGUCUCCCCAUCUCAGCUUCAUAGCCCAACUCUGCUCCCAGCCCUUGCUCUGGCCUGUGGACAAGGAGUUUGACUUUCUUCUAAGUCUCUUCUGGUACAACGAUCUUGUCCGAUCAACUUCAUUGCAGGCGCCAACUCUGUCUGACUUUUACCUCACCGGGAUCUCGGCUCAGAUCUCCCUGGACCGACUUUCCAGUCCCGGACGCUUCGCUUUCCCUUGCCUUAUCGCGCGUAUUAGUUCCGGUGACCCAACUGUGACUGAUGCAGAAAUUUCCGCCUGGGAUGGAAGGCUGGACUGGUUUCCUAGCUUCGCCUUGGUGGCGUCAGAGAAUGCUGAGACUUAUUUCCAUUGGGAUAAUCUAUAUCUAGCGAUGGAUCCCCAUUUCCACCGUGUCGAACAUUUAAUCAAUACAUACAACCCAACCGACCAGAUGAUAAUGUCAGAACUGUAUCGAAUUGCAGGCAUGGUCUACAGACGACAGCGUGAAAGCAUGUGGAUUAAUCAAGACCUGUCCAAGAAUCGCCUGGCCCUGUGGGCAGUCCAGCUGGUGCAACUAUUGCCCGAAGGCUCGCCGUACGAAAGUACACUUCUCUGGCCGAUUGGGAUUGUUGCGAAGGAGUUGACUCUUCUUGAUGGGUCCCAGCGGGCCUAUAUCCUUCUUCGUCUAAAUACUCUUGAGCGGCAAUUUCACAUGAAGCACUUUAGCUGCGUGGUAGACAUGCUACUCAACUCCUGGAGUGCAAGUGACGCAGGUAUAGCAAAUACUACGAACAGUACGAUCCUACUGGGAUAGUUGUGCUGAAUAUAUACAGUCAAUCAAACUCAUUUGCAACUGUUAACAGCUAAUAAAGAGAAUCGGAUGCUAGGCUACUGCCCAAGCGGCCUCAUCUCGUACAUGGUCUGCUGGAUAUAAGCAAUCUGCUCGUCUGCCCAUUUCUGCAUCGCGGCGACGUCCACCGUCUCGAUACGACACAGGCCUUUCUUUCCUUCUGGAUCUGACUGCUUGACAUUCUCCUCGUAGCGCUUGCGC